AUGGUCGACGCAUUGCCUGCGUUCACAGUUAAUGGGUCUCUGGCCAGUAUGGCGCUCAACUUUACAGAUGGUUCCAGAUUAGGAGUUGAGGAGGGCGAUGAGUCCGACCACGAGGCUCACACGCUGGACAGAAGCACGGAGCGUAUCGUUGUGCCGAUCCUGUUCGGCUUUGCAUUCAUUGUCGGGAUUGUUGGAAACGGUACACUCAUCUACACUGUUCUCCGUAACCGUAAGAUGAGAGUGGUUCCCAACAUUUACAUUGUCAGCCUGUCAUGUGGCGACUUCUUACUAAUUCUUAUUACAGUCCCUUUCAACGCUCUCAUUUACAUUCUACCCGAGUGGCCGUUCGGCGAAAUCAUGUGUAAAGUCAACGAAUACUUGCAGACAGUCUCUCUUGGAGUAUCCGUAUUCAUGCUAACCGCCCUAAGCGCUGAUCGGCACAUUGCUAUUGUAGACCCAAUAGCUAAACACAAGUCAAGACCCAUUGUCCGUGCAGUCACAACUGCCGGCUGCCUUUGGCUAGUCGCACUUCUACUGGCUACACCGGAUUUAAGUUCAUCGACAGUGAUACAGUUUUCACCUAAUAUCACACUGGGUUCGUACAAAGUGUGUAUUUUAUACCCAACAUCUGAUUUUGGAGGUUACCUACCGCCAUGGUAUUCCCAAUUGAUGGUCAUGCUUAAAUUUCUCGUCUUUUUUCUCAUUCCAUUGUUCAUUAUCGGAGCAUUUUACAUCCUGAUGGCGAGGAUCCUGAUCUUAAGCGCCAAACAGAUACCGGGGGAUUCCAACGGGAGAGCCGCUUAUCAAAAGCAGAUCGAGGCUCGUCUUAAAGUCGCGCGAGCGGUCCUCUCGUUCGUCAUCCUUUUCGUCAUUUGCUGGCUACCCCGUCACAUCUACCUGCUAUGCUACUAUUUUUACGACGGCGAAUUUAACCAGUUCUGGCACAUCUUCAAAGUAACCAGCUUCUGUUUGGCGUUCAUCAACUCGUGCGUUAACCCCUUUGCUCUUUACUUCCUCAGCAACCAGUUUCGGAAAUAUUAUAAUCGUUACUUGUUCUGUUGCUGUACGAGUAAACCUUACGACGCCCUUCCUGGACCCGGAUCUUCGGUAAUGUAUAAUUUUCAGAGUACAGUCAGACGGCCCAGUUCGAGUGUUACUUACGUUCAGAACCAGACCACUUGUUAA